GUGGCCACAUGGUUGGCCGGUGACCUAUUGAUUUGCAGACACCAGCGGGAAGAUGAAGCCUCGAGGGUUGAGCGUCAUGCACGCCUUCUCUGCUCUCACUAUGCUCACCAUGGCUAACGCUCAAACAACUUGUAACCAAGGCAUGGGUCGAGUCAUGUACGAGAGGCUUCCCAAUCAACAGCUACACGGAUUUGAUGACGAUGUUAUUCGUGAAACAGCACCUCCAUUUCGGGUGUUAGAGAAAUGUCAGGAUUUGUGCCUUCGGGACAGAUCUGGUAACGGCCUCGUGAGAACCUGUAGCUCUAUUGAUUUUCAACCUGGUGCCAGAAUUGCUGCAUUUAGCCCUGAACCGGAGUAUGAAGAGUCGACUUGCUAUUUGACGAGGGAACAGGCUGCUCCGGAAGGCAUAGGGACUCUCAUGAUUGUACCCAACAGCGUUCAUUUUAAUGAAAUUUGUUUGACAUCGAAUCGACCAGAACGCGAAUGCCCUUCCCGACGCUACGUGUUUGAGCGUCACGCUCGCAAGCGACUGAAGUUACCACCAUCAGACCUAAAGGAAAUAAUGGUUGCCAACCGCACAGAGUGUGAAGACAAAUGUUUGGGGGAAUUCAGUUUCGUUUGUCGCUCAGCUACUUACGAUUCGGCGUUAAGAACUUGCUCUCUAAGCAGAUUUACACGACGAACUCAUCCUGAACUAUUAGAAGACGAUCAUAACGCUGACUAUUUGGAAAAUACUUGUUUAAAUGCGGAACGAAGAUGUGACGGUCUGGCCGUGUUCAUAAAAGAAGAAAAUAAACGCCUUGGAGGUCCGUUUGAAGCUGAUGUCUUCACCAACAUGACUCUGGAGGAAUGCCAGUCUAUGUGUGUUAGAGCCGAAAAAUACUUCUGCCGUUCCAUAGAGCACGAUGAAAUGACACGCCAAUGCGUCUUAUCCGAGGAAGAUUCUGUUUCUCAGAAGGAUGAUAUAACAAUGAGCGCAUCGCCCACACACCACUUCUACGAUCUCGUCUGUCUUGACAACCUCUCUCAUCGGGUGACAGCUCGCGGGACCGAGUACCCGGAUAACAGCGUGACGUCACACCUGUUCUCGCCCGGGCGGAGGCCGGACACCGCGUUCCAGCGCUACCGCAAUAGCCGGAUAACCGGGGAGUUCCACUCGGAGAUUACGGGCCGGUCGCUGAGCGAGUGCUUGGAUGAGUGCUUGCGGCAGACUAGUUUCCAAUGCAGAUCAGCAGUAUACAGCGACCGCGCAAGGACUUGUCGACUCAGCAGAUACAAUCAGAAGGACGGCAUGCGUUUACUCUAUGAUCCCGACUUUGAUUACUACGAAAAUCUUAUGCAUCAGUUAGUGAGUGGUGAAAAUGAGGGUACCGGAAGCGGCUCGCAGUCUUCAUGGGGAAAGCCUUCAAAAUCAGGUGGUAGCAACAACGAUAGAGAUAGAGACAGGGAUAGAUAUCCUCCAGACGUAGACCGUUAUCCAGAUGAUGAUGAUGAUGAUGACAGAUACUACGGUCGUCCAGAUCGGUAUCCACCUGAUGAUCGGUACCCGACUGGCCCUGAACCUUAUCCUGAUAGAUAUCCUGAACGCUACCCGGAUAGAUUCCCAGAUGAUAGAUACCCACCUGGGGUGGGUCCUGAACGCUUCCCAUCUGAUCGUUAUCCCCUACCUUCUGAUAGGUACCCGCCACCAUCUGACAGAUAUCCUCUCCCGUCUGACAGAUAUCCACCACCUUCUGAUAGAUUUCCCAUAUCAUCUGACAGAUACCCACCACCUUCGAACAGAUACCCUGUUCUGUCCGACCGUUAUCCUAUUCAAUCUGAUCGUUAUCCACCUCCAUCUGACCGGUAUCCCAUCGGACCAGUAGAUCGUUAUCCACCGGGUGUAGACCGGUACCCAUCUAGAGUUCCAAUAGACAGAUAUCCAGGUGGUGGCCGUUAUCCCAUCGACACCGAUAACGAAAUCGAUAGAUACCCAGAUCGCUAUCCAAUCAGUCGCUACCCUGUUGAUGUAUACCCAGAUCGGUAUCCACAAGACAGAUAUCCGGUACGCGGCAGCGGGAGGUAUCCAUCACGUCCUUACCCAAGAUACCCUACAUACGAUCAGGACCGUUAUCCCGGUAACGAUUGGGGCCGGUAUCCUUACAACAGAUACCCGGUUGGCGUUAACCGGGACCCUUUACCUUUGGGCGGGGAUCGCUAUCCAGAUAUGUAUGACAAAUAUCCGCCGACCGGAUCGUCAUAUCCUGGAUAUGGACGUGGUGGGUAUUACGGUCCAGAUUAUCCCCGUGGUGAUCGAUAUCCCACCAAUGACCGAUAUCCUGACAACGUCAUAAGGCCAGGUUCUGACAGGAUACCCGUUGAACCUCGACCAACAUAUGGUAUCAGAAGGCCCAUAGAAAGACCUGGUGGAUACAGAGGAAAUUAUGCACCACCUGUAGAAAGACCAAUAGGUGGCGGUGGAUAUGGAGGAUACGAGCCCGAUGGUCCCAUCGCCCCAGUUGGAGGACCAAUCAGCGGUAUUGGUGGCCACAUUGGGCCAGUUAGCGUACCAGUUGGUGGGCCAAUAGGUGGACCGGUUGGUGGACCGAUUGGACGACCUCCUAUUGGACAAAGACCAUGGCAAGGUUCACGAUGCGAAGAAGAUAGUUUCAGACAAGUAGGCAGACAGCGAAUGCAGAGAAGAUUUGUCAGGCGAUUCACAACCGCUCAGUCUUUGGCACAUUGCCAACGAGAAUGUAUUGAAGCUAGAGAUUUUAUUUGUCGGUCGUUCAACUACAGGGAAGCAGGUUUCGGUGUGGAACCUAGAGAUAACUGCGAGCUGAGUGACCGCGACACUCGCGAACUGGACGCUGCCAAUCCUGCACAUUUUGACAACACAGCUAAUGAGUACGACUUUUACGAGAGAGCUCUGGGACGCAUUGCUGAUGAUUGCUUGGAUGUGUCACAAGUAUGCAAUGAAGACGGAAUGGAGUUCACGCUACGUCUGCCUGAAGGUUUCUACGGCAGGAUGUACACGUACGGUUUCUACGACAGAUGCUUCUUCCGCGGAAAUGGUGGCGUCCAAAAUGUCUUGCGAAUUACCGGAGCGCAUGGUUACCCGGAGUGUGGGACGCAGCGGUAUGGAGAUACGAUGACAAACAUCGUGGUGGUACAAUUCAGUGAUAACGUACAGACGUCUCGGGAUAAACGCUUCAAUCUCACAUGUCUGUUCAGAGGACCAGCUGAGGCUGUGGUCACUUCCAACUACAUUGGCGCUGGGUCAGGAAGUCCGAUACCAAUAGAGUAUCUUCCUGAGGAGAGUUCCCUGAACUCAAAGGUCCGACUGUUGAUAUUGUACCAAGGAAGACCCACCACAACAAUAGCUGUUGGUGACCCGCUAACAUUUAGGCUGGAGGCUCAGGAUGGAUACAACUACGCGACGGAUAUCUUCGCUACAAACGUUAUUGCUCGAGAUCCUUAUUCAGGGAGAUCAGUGCAGCUGAUUGAUCGUGUUGGAUGUCCUGUGGAUCCUGAUGUAUUCCCAGAGCUUGAUAAAGGACGCAAUGGCGAUUCGCUUGAAGCUAGAUUUAACGCAUUUAAAAUACCGGAAUCUAAUUUCUUAGUAUUCGAAGCUACUGUAAGAACGUGUAGAGAUGGUUGCCAACCGGCCUAUUGCCCAAGUCAAACUGGACGCACCGAGCCGUCUUUCGGACGACGUCGAAGAGAUGUAAACUCCACAGAAGUUAUACAAACUAAUACAACAGAAGUUAAGGAUGAAGAAGCUUCAAAUAAGACUGACGGUAAAGAUAACAUAUUCAAGAUUUCAUACGAAGAAGCCAAAGUUGAUAAGUAUUUGAAGGAUGAAGUCGAAACUCCGAGCCAUGUGAGGAAAAUGAUAGAGGUAUUCGACAACCGCAACGAGCUGCUAGAAGAGAACGGGGCAGACUCAUCGCCCGUGGUGUCCGCGGCCGGCGUGUGCGUGUCUCCACAGCACUACCGCGCGCUGCUCGCCGCGCUGUGCUCGCUGCUUUCCCUCCUGCUGGCCAUGCUUAUACUCGCGCUUUAUAUAUACAAACGUUACUGGCGUGUGUUGCGCAAAAACAUCCAAGCGUCGAGUCCUGUGCCAACGCUACGACCGGCCGCGCCCGGGCCGAGACCCACCAGACCAUCGCUGUUCUCCGCUUCACAUCUACAUAAACCGUUUUCUUUGAGCGGUCUAGGUAGAAAUUUCUCUGAUGUGGGCGAAGAGGCGGGAUCAUCUGGACGCUUGGCGAACGCAUUCGACGACGGAAGUGAACCAAUUUACACUGACCCCUCGCUCUUCGAAAGAUCCAGGUCCCUGAGAUCGCUGCAUUCAUUGGAUUUAAAACCCGAUCGACGCGAACAUCACGCAUAAAAUAAGAAAUUAACUAUCUAAAUAUUGCAUUUUUUUCGUAACUAAACUGCCCAAUCGUGACGCUCAGUAAUUUUGAAAAUGUCAACAACAAACAUUUUUGUACGCAAUU